ACAGAAGUUCUAGAGACUUGAGGAAGUCUUUCAAUUUUUUUCCACCAAUAGGAAACCCCCUCUAAACUAAUAAAAUGUGGCUAUUGAAUUCAGAAGUGAUUGUCAUGGGACAAAUAUUGUUUUGUGAAGUUUUAGGGGUUUUUUUUUAACCACUUGAUAAUGCUUAAAUCUUAUCUCCCUUGUGAGUUUAAGAGGUCACAUGGUUUGCAUCAGACUGCUUUAUAUCUGACCACCUGCUUUCACUUCUGCAUAAUGAAAACUGCUUCUUGUCAGAGCACAGUCAUCCUCUUAUAACCUGUGCUCUCAUUGCUUCAGAGCCUCUCAAUGUGAAUUUUACGAUGCAUAGUUCAUGCGCUGUGGCUCUGGUGAAAAAUAUCCUCAUCCUAAGCCAGCUUUUUCCAUUGGUGAAGACCAUAAAUACAAAAUUUUUACCAUGUGACACCAAUCUGAAUGAAACUAAAGUUGACUGCAGUGACAGACCACUCAAGCACGUCCCCUUCAUUAAGGCUACAUCUGUAGCUUACAUAGAUUUAAGCCGGACUAAGAUAAACCGAGUAUGGCCGCAUGCUUUCACAGGUGUCCCAAAUCUGCAUACUCUAAAGUUAUCGGGCAACUGUCAGCCGGGCAGUCCGAGAGCUCUGGAAGACAGGUCUUGCAGAGUGAAAAUCUCCAGGUAUGCUUUCAAGCCCCUACUAACACUGAAACAUCUGGAUUUGUCAGGAAACAGUCUUACCUAUAUACCAUGGUUACCAGAAAGCCUGGAGGUUCUUCAUCUAGAGAACAAUCAGAUCUUCAACGUUAUCUACCCUCUGAAGACUCCACAUCUCGAAAAGCUCUUCCUCAGCAAGAACUGCUUUUAUGCAAACCCGUGCAACCAGUCCUUUUACAUCAGUGAAAAGGUUUUCCAAGAGCUCCCCAAACUCAAAAACCUCACAUUAGGGUAUAAUAAUUUGACAGCUAUCCCUAAAGGACUGCCACUCUCACUGGGGAGUCUGGAUUUAAGAGAGAAUACAAUCACAGAAGUCUUAGAAAAAGCAUUUUUCAAAAUGACUGCCCUGGAGGACUUAAAUUUGGAGUGGAAUUGCCAACGUUGUGAUCAUGCUGCAAGGCCCUGCUUUCCAUGCCCACAUAAUCAGUCUCUAAAGCUACAUUCAAACUCCUUUUAUUCUGAAAACAGCUCAAUUACCAUCCUAAGUUUGAGGGGAAACUCUCUGAGAACAUUUCCAAAGGGCCUUUUCAGACCAUUGAAGAAACUGAAAAUAUUGGACCUCUCUGACAACCUCCUGGCAUAUGCUAUGCAAAAUGGGACCUUCUUUAAAGAGCUGACAGGGGUCGAGUGGCUUAGCCUUAUCUAUAACUAUGAACCACUGAAGACUUUUCCGGAACUUAAUCUCUCCCCAUAUUUUAACAACAUGUCUGAUCUGCAAUGUCUUCUUCUGAGUGGUAACUUUUUCCUAAAAUUUUCUAAUGAAAGCAUUGAAGUCCUCUCCAAGUUAAAAAGUCUAAAAGUUCUAGAGCUGAGAAUGAAUUUCAUUAACACUUUUAAUAUGACAUUUCUAAAACAGUUACCCUCUCUAACUUCUGUUGACCUCUCCCAGAACAUGCUUAAUUUCCUUCAGUGCUGCUCAAUUUCACGAUCUGAGAUUGUGGAUGAAAACCUGUAUGCAGGCACUCUUCAUAAUCAACCUCUCACUCUAAUGGCUAAAGAAGUCACAUCUAGAAACAGUGUAUGGGAAACGGAACAAUUAAAUGCUCUUGAAAUAUUAGAAGACAGUGUGACAGAUAUCCCAACACUAUUGGAUUUCCAGCUCCGAGCAGAUGUUCUGGACAAAAGAUUUCCAGUAAUUACAUCACUGUGGGACUUGAGAAAUUUUCAUUGCAAAAAUAAGCUGACAUUUGACCUGUCUCAAAAUGAUAUCGUGUACCUUAACAAACAUGUGGUUUCAGGCAUGGAGAAUGCAGUUUGUUUAGACCUUUCCUUCAAUUACAUGAACCAGGCACUGAGGGGUGGGGUGUUUGAAGGUAUGACACAUUUAGAGUUUCUUAAUUUGUCUUACAAUAGGCUUGAUCUUUAUUAUAACGAUGCUUUCAGGGAACUUAAUUCGUCUCUGAAGAUAUUAGAUAUUAGUAACAAUGAGUUUCAUUUCAAUAUGAGGGGCAUGGGCCAUCGCUUUGAGUUCCUUGAAAAUUUGAAUCAAUUGGAAGCCCUAAGUCUGGCAAACAAUGCAAUUGGGAUGCGAAUCAACCAAAGGCUGAUCUGCAAUUCUUUGAAGUACUUUGACUUCUCUGGAAAUAACCUGAACAUCAUGUGGGACUCUGACAACAACAAGUACACUAAUUUCUUCCAGAACCUGGCAAAUCUAACCUACCUGGACAUCUCUAACAACCAUUUAAAAUCACUCUCAUCUGAAGUGCUGUGUAAUCUCCCAAGUAGCCUUAGGGCUCUCAUCAUAAGCAGCAAUUCUCUAAACUAUUUCCCAUGGCUAAACAUCUCUGCACUUACCAGUUUACAUUACCUGAACCUGAAUCACAACUUCCUUUAUAAACUGCCAAAUUAUGCAGUAAUAUUUGGAGUCAAUUUUACCUUCCUGGACCUCAGUCACAAUCGGAUCAGUUAUAUUCCUGAAGAUUUCUUUAAUAAUGCAAAGUCCUUAAAAUAUUUGUAUCUCAGUCACAAUCAGAUCAAAGAGUUGAACCGAGAGCAUCUUCCUGUCCUCUUUAAAAAUGACACUCGCCUUGAAAAUCUCACCCUGCAUGCCAACCCCUUCAAAUGUGACUGCAAUACCUCCUGGCUUGCUGACUUCUUGAGUACUACACCGGUACACAUUCCUUAUCUAACCACAGAUGUACGGUGUGAAUUCCCAGAGUCUCAGCAGGGUGAGAGCAUACUGUCCAUGGACCAGCGUUCUUGCCAGGACAUAUAUGGUAGUGUAGCCUUUGUUGCCUGUUCAUUUAUGACUCUGGUGUUUACUGUUCUUCCUUUACUGAAGCACCUCUACGGCUGGGAUAUGUGGUAUUGCCUGCAAGUGCUCUGGGCUGGACACAAAGGCUACUCCCAGAUAGCUGGGACUGAUUCGCAUUAUCAAUAUGAUGCCUUUGUGGUGUUUGACACCAGUAACCAGGCUGUGAGGGACUGGGUUUACAACGAGUUAACUGUCAAUCUGGAGAACUCUGGUCACAGGAGAUUUUGUCUAUGCUUAGAAGAAAGGGACUGGAUUCCUGGGCUGUCAUGUAUAGAGAAUCUUCAUAAUGCGGUGUACCGGAGUGUGAAAACAGUUUUCGUGCUGUCCAGAGGUGUUAACGGAAAUGUGAAUGGUGUGAUCCGCCAGGCCUUCUUCAUGGUUCAACAGAGGCUUCUGGAUGAGAAGGUGGACGUAGCUGUGCUGGUUCUGAUGGAUAAGAUGUUUCCCAAACUGAAGUACCUUCAGCUGAGAAAACGAUUGUGCAGAAAAUCUGUGUUGUCAUGGCCGCAUCACCCAUGUGCUCAACCCCUUUUCUGGAAUCAAAUGAGAAUGGCGUUGUCAUCAGAUAACCUCAAAUUUUAUGACAACAACAUGAGUGAAAGUUUUAUAUAACCUCCUUUUACAUGCUACCAGAGACAAUCAUGUUUAAAAAGAUCUUCCUCCUUCAUAUCGCUAAAUAUUAACAAACUUGACCUUCCAUUCACAUGCUGUCACAUAUAUUUGAUUGGUGUUAAAAUUUUAUUAACUCUUCCAUAUAUAUGUUAUAUAUAUUAUUCUUAUUGCUCUGUUGUUUUAUUUAAAAAUUGGUUUCUCUGGGACGUUAUUUGUUGUUAUUGUUAUUAUGAUCAUUUGGAUGUAUUAUAAUUUUCUUGAUUUUUUUUAUUUUCCUUUGCCUAAUCCAGUGGUUUACAACACAUGUAUUUGUAUUUGCAGAAAAUAAUAUCAGCUUUCUUUUCCGUUAUAUUUUGUCAGACGGAGGCACUUUUGAUUGUAUUUGUGUAGCAUCUAAACCUGUAAUUUACCUAUUUUAUUAUAUGUACUUUGCUCUA